AAGUUCAGGUGGGAUAAGCAGCAUAUGGGAGAGUUGUCUUUUCUUUCUGGAUUUCAGUCAGAUUGCCAUGGGGAUCACUUUAAUCAGCCUUGAGACCUGCUAAUGCUGUAGAGAUCUUUGAAGGACUACUGCUGUUCAUCUUCAUGCAGCCAGUGCAAGAAGGAAUGAACAUCAUGUCUCUGUGCCGUCGCUGGAAGAGAUGCUUCUCUCUAGGACCUGUCUGUUCCCCCUCGGGCUAUAAGAAAGCGGAUGAUGAGAUGUCCGGAGCCACGUCCUCGGCGGAUCUGGACGAGGCACCAGCCCGCACCAUUUACUUGAACCAGCCUCAGCAGAGCAAGUUCCGCGACAACUGGGUCAGCACAGCAAAGUACAGUGUGGUGACAUUUCUACCUCGAUUCUUGUAUGAGCAGAUAAGAAAAGCUGCAAAUGCAUUCUUCCUCUUCAUUGCCUUACUGCAGCAAAUUCCAGAUGUCUCUCCAACAGGAAGAUAUACCACCUUGGUGCCAUUGCUAUUUAUUUUAACAGUUGCUGGCAUCAAGGAAAUCAUAGAAGACUAUAAAAGGCAUAAGGCAGACAGCGCUGUGAAUAAAAAGAAAACAAUAGUUCUAAGAAAUGGAAUGUGGCAGAACAUUAUGUGGAAAGAGGUAGCAGUAGGCGAUAUUGUGAAGGUCACCAAUGGGCAACAUCUUCCAGCAGACAUGAUCAUUAUAUCUUCCAGUGAACCACAAGCUAUGUGUUAUAUUGAAACAGCUAAUCUUGAUGGAGAGACAAAUCUCAAAAUAAGACAGGGAUUGUCUCAAACUGCUAGUCUUCAGUCAAGAGAAGAACUGAUGAAAGUAUCUGGAAGGAUAGAAUGUGAAGGACCCAAUCGUCAUCUCUAUGAUUUCACUGGAAAUUUGCGCUUGGAUGGUCAAAGCCCAGUUCCAGUUGGUCCUGACCAAAUCUUGUUAAGAGGUGCACAACUAAGAAAUACACAGUGGGUCUUGGGUAUUGUUGUGUAUACAGGACAUGAUACAAAACUCAUGCAGAACUCAACCAAGGCACCUCUGAAAAGAUCAAAUGUGGAGAAAGUGACCAACAUGCAGAUCCUGGUUUUGUUCUGUAUUCUCCUGGUGAUGGCCCUUGUCAGUUCUGUAGGUGCCUUAUUGUGGAACAGAACACAUGGUGAAGUCGUCUGGUACCUUGGCUCCAACAAAAUGCUGUCUGUAAACUUCGGGUACAAUCUAUUGACAUUUAUAAUCUUGUACAACAACCUUAUUCCAAUCAGUCUUCUGGUGACACUGGAAGUUGUCAAGUUUACUCAGGCUCUUUUUAUAAAUUGGGACACAGAUAUGUAUUAUCCUGAAACAGAUACGCCUGCAAUGGCCAGAACCUCAAACCUUAAUGAGGAACUUGGGCAGGUGAAAUACCUGUUUUCUGAUAAAACAGGUACUCUAACAUGCAAUAUAAUGAAUUUUAAGAAAUGUAGUAUUGCUGGAGUGACAUAUGGUCACUUUCCGGAGCUGGAAAGAGAACGCUCAUCAGAAGACUUCAGCCAGCUACCUCCUUCUACCAGUGAAUCGUGUGAAUUUGAUGACCCAAGGCUGCUGCAAAACAUUGAAAAUGACCAUCCUACAGCUGUACACAUACAGGAGUUCCUCACUCUGCUGGCUGUGUGUCAUACUGUUGUUCCUGAGAGACAAGGAAAUACAAUAAUCUACCAGGCCUCCUCUCCAGAUGAAGGGGCAUUAGUGAAAGGAGCCAAAAAACUUGGUUAUGUCUUCACAGGACGGACUCCACAUUCAGUUAUCAUUGAUGCGCUGGGGAAAGAAAAAACCUUCGAAAUUCUUAACGUACUGGAGUUUUCCAGCAACAGGAAGAGAAUGUCAGUGAUUGUUCGAACUCCAGCAGGACAGCUACGUCUCUACUGCAAAGGGGCUGAUAAUGUCAUUUUUGAGAGGCUUUCAAAAGAUUCUCAGUACAUGGAGCAAACACUGUGCCAUCUUGAAUACUUUGCAACAGAAGGUCUGAGGACUUUGUGCAUUGCAUAUGCAGAUCUGUCAGAAAACUCUUACAGGGAGUGGUUGAAUGUCUACAAUGAAAGCAGUACAGUUCUGAAAGACAGAACUCAGAAACUGGAGGAAUGCUAUGAGAUCAUUGAAAAAGAUUUACUGCUGCUUGGAGCUACAGCCAUUGAAGACCGCCUUCAAGCAGGUGUUCCGGAAACAAUAGCCACGCUAAUGAAGGCGGAAAUUAAGAUAUGGAUUCUGACAGGGGACAAGCAGGAAACAGCUCUCAAUAUAGGCUAUUCUUGCAGACUCAUUUCACAGAGUAUGUCUCUCAUCCUGGUCAAUGAGGAUUCAUUAGAUGCAACAAGAGCCUCUCUGACUCAACAUUGUACCAGUCUAGGGGAGUCGCUGGGCAAGGAAAAUGAUAUUGCUCUGAUUAUUGAUGGCCACACACUGAAGUAUGCCCUUUCAUUUGAAGUCAGGCAGAGCUUUCUGGACUUGGCACUCUCCUGUAAAGCAGUCAUUUGUUGCAGAGUAUCUCCUCUCCAGAAGUCUGAAAUAGUAGACAUGGUCAAGAAACAUGUCAAUGCCAUAACACUUGCCAUUGGGGAUGGUGCCAAUGAUGUAGGAAUGAUCCAGACGGCUCACGUUGGAGUGGGGAUCAGUGGCAACGAGGGCAUGCAGGCAACUAAUUGCUCGGAUUAUGCUAUUGCACAGUUUUCCUACCUGGAGAAGCUGUUAUUGGUCCAUGGAGCUUGGAGUUAUAAUCGCGUUACAAAGUGCAUACUAUAUUGCUUCUACAAGAAUGUGGUUUUGUAUAUUAUUGAGCUUUGGUUUGCUUUCGUUAAUGGAUUUUCUGGACAGAUCCUAUUUGAGCGUUGGUGUAUUGGUCUCUAUAAUGUGAUUUUCACAGCGCUGCCACCCUUUACUCUGGGAAUUUUUGAACGAUCAUGUACUCAAGAUAGCAUGCUUAGAUUUCCACAGCUAUACAAAAUUACUCAAAAUGCAGAUGGGUUCAAUACAAGGGUUUUCUGGGGUCACUGCAUCAAUGCCCUGAUCCAUUCCAUCAUUCUCUUCUGGUUUCCACUGAAAGUACUGGAACAUGAUGCAGUAUUCACAAAUGGUCAAGGAAUAGAUUAUUUAUUUGUUGGAAACAUAGUUUACACUUAUGUUGUAGUCACCGUUUGUCUGAAAGCUGGCUUGGAAACAACUGCAUGGACUAGAUUCAGUCACCUGGCGGUCUGGGGAAGCAUGCUGCUCUGGCUGGUGUUCUUCGGUGUCUACUCGGCCAUCUGGCCCACGUUUCCCAUUGCACCAGACAUGCUGGGACAGGCUGGAAUGGUGUUAAGAUGUGGAUACUUCUGGUUUGGCUUGUUCCUCGUGCCCACUGCGUGCCUUCUUAAAGACGUGGCGUGGACAGCGGCCAAGCAUACCUACCAUAAAACUUUGCUGGAGCAAGUUCAGGAGUUGGAGACGAAGACAAGAGAGCUGGGGAAAGCCAUGCUUCGGGAUAGUAAUGGGAAGAGCGUGAACGAACGUGAUCAUUUGUUAAAGAGGCUCGGCAGGAAAACUCCUCCGAGCCUUUUCCGUGCUCACUCUGUCCAGCAAAGCGUGUCACAUGGGUAUGCAUUUUCUCAAGAAGAACAUGGUGUCGUUUCCCAGUCACAAGUUGUUCGAUCCUACGAUACAACCAAAAGGAGAGCAGAAAUAGAAUAGAGAGCCCUUUACUUGAUGGGUGGUGGGAAAAAUGGGAUUUGGAUCAAUGCAUCCACUGUUAACACAUUCUUGACAAGGGUUGGCAGCAGCAGCCAAAACACCAGAGAACUCAUUUCUGUGGCCUUAGCCAACAAGUUUCUGUAUUCUCCCUGCAAAUCUUGAGUAGAAGUUGUGGGGGGGGAAUCAUUGUUUGAAUUCAGUCACAAAGCUCUGCGUAAAGUUUUGUUUAUGUUGUUAUGAAGCAUUUGACUGUGCUAUGUGAGGUGUGAAAUUAAAAGCAAUGUUUUACCACUAUUUAAAACAUCAGCAUAAGGUUGUUCUGGGAGAAAAGUAGAAAAUUUAUGUUCCAUGAGAAAUCAGCCUUUGCUUAAUUGGAGCAGGGUGCUGAGAUUUCCUGUUUGGUUAUGCACAGGCCAAGCGCACACGGCUGCAUGCAGACCUUAUUCCCUCUAAUAUUCACUGUUUACUAAUUUGGUUGAAAUUUUUAACAGACAAUUUGGGGUAAAAGUUUUGAUUGCAACACAGUCUGCAGCUAAAAAUGCUUAUUUGCCUUCUUAUGACACAAGAAUAACACAAGGUAGUCAUGAAUUACUUAGAAUAUUUCUUGCCCUCUUACAGCAUUUAUUAGGGCUAUAUCUUAGCUUUCUAAAACCCAGUUAAUAGCUUACUCACAAAGUCAGGAUGUAAAAGUCAGAGAGCUCAGCAGAGCAGCUGCUGAGAGUGCAUGGCGUUGUGCACAACGGUGAACUCAAAUAGGUGCCUCCUGGUAACUUUGCAUGAUGCAUUUGGACAUGCAUUUCAAAUGUAGCCUGGAGUUUCCCUCCAUGAUCCCGUUCCCACUUUAACAAUAGAGCAGAGGGUGAGAACUGAAAAGGUACAAGCUUGUCAGCUGUUGAGAAAGGCAUGCAUCCACACAGGAGGCUGUUAGUGUAACCCUGAAGAAACAUUGCGCUUGACCAGGAAGAACAGGCUUGCAGAGAAAGGUUACGAAGGGUUUCCGCACGUGCGUGCGUACACACGUGCACACACAGAGCUGGGUGCUGUGAAGAGAAGACCCUGCUGGUUGUUUGUUCAGCCAGAGCAGCCCCUCUUCUAGAUCUAAUCCAUCAACAGGCUUCCCAACACACUCAAACCCAUGAGACCUGGAAGGAAUUCUGGCUCCACAGCCUUGCCGUGCCAGUGGGACAGGCAUGAUGCCGCAUAGAUUGGAAUUGGGGAGGGGAAGGGCAAAAUCUGGGGCAUAAGUUAAAGCUGAAAGAGCUCUUAUAAAGCUUAUGCUGUCUUCCAGACAAGUUCUAAUAAUUUUAGUCAUCAAGCCAGGUUUCUGAAUAGCAUAAAGUAAAUACUGCUGUGUUUUAUCCAGGUUUCAUGGUUUAAUGUAUAUACUACAUCUGUGCAUUUAAAAAGUGGGCGUUGUUUUUUGCACUGUUGACUGUCAUCCAGAACUUUUUACUGAUUUAAAUAUAUCUGAAAGCAGUUUGAAUAUGAAUAUUUAUGUUUAGCAAGGAAAAGGAAAACGCCAGCCUGACCCACUGGCUUAAUAUUCCUUAAGGGUUGUGAGUAAAUGCCAGCACUCGGGUGUUGCGGUUCAAUUCCCAGUGUCACCUCAGAGGCUCUGAUUCCCCUUCCAUGUUAAAAAAGCAGAUUUUGUUCCUGCAGCACCAGGCAGAAUUGCUCUUGAAUUAGGCUGAUAGCACAGAAGGAAAAAGUCAUCACCUUCUUUCUGCAGCACUAAUGAGACAAUUAUGCAAUAAGGGAAACGUGCACAUAAUUUUGCCAUAGGCAUGAAUGUCGAGGGGCCAAGUGUGGGUGGAUGCAUUUUGUGGGAGAUGAAUUUUAUUUAAAGGCACAAAUACUAGCUCAGAGAAGAAAUAAAGGGAGGACAAACCUGAUCCCAGGAGGUUUCAAGUCCUGAUAUUGAUGUAACCUGUUAAAUACUCCUUUACUUAGAAACAGUCUAUUUAUGAAAUCUAUGGUGUAAGCCUGUCCUCAAAACUGCUAAGCAUUUCUUACUUCUGUAGCAGCACAAGGACAAAGUGAGACCAGCUUAGUCUUUAUACUCUGAGCCACACAGUAAACAUUGAUGUGUAAACUACUGGGAGGCUUUUCAUGAGGAUGCAGGGCGGGAAAAAACUCUGGAUAAUAAAGGACAAGUAAAUGUGUUGAGCAGAGACUAAAAAAGAUCCUGGAAGCUUUUCUUAUCUUUAACUUAGUGCAACAAAUUUUUACAGAACAGAAUGAGAGACACUGGGGAGGAGAAACUGUCAUCUAAUGUGAUUUAUUUUAUUAGUGUGGACUAGGGGCUGUAUCACUUUGACCUCUCUGUAAAUUGAGGUCAGUGUGUCACAAACACAAACCCUCCGUAGAGGGAAUAGCGGCUUAGACUGAGGUACAUGUGUUGGAUGUCAGCUCAAUGGGAAUUACACAUGGGGUUUGUCACAGGUCUAUAGAGUAUGUGACAGUGAGGCUCAUGGGUCAGACUUUAUCAUCACUGUAAGGCCUUAAUCUCUAACAGAGUUAAUCCUGUAGAGCCCACCCAGGUCAAGGCCUGGCAUUCUUCUUGUUCUUUGGAAUCAUUAUGGGAAUUAAUGUAUUGUAAUAUGCGGUAGCCUGACUGAGUUGCUUGUCUCGGUGAACAGUGAUGAGGUGUGCUCCAGUGGUGUGUUAGCUAAAGGAGAGUGGCAGCUGCUCUGCAUCAACCAAAGUCCUUGUUCAUUAGCACAAACGCACGUAGCAGUAACAGCAGCCUUUGAAAGUGCUGUGUGCAAGUGUUAUCAACUAGACAAGGUAUUGGAGCAGAAGGAAUGGGAGAUUUCUGCUUGGCUGUCCAGUCUUAACUACCUAGGGUUUAUCAGCAUUCUGUACUGACCAAAGUUGGGGGGUGAGGAUUUUGAGUAUUCAGAAGGAAAUGGUAACUUUCCUGCAUCAAAUGUCAUUUCUUUUUGUACUGCCAUAACCACCACUUGUAGAGAAGCUGCUGCUCCUUUAACAAUUGCCUGGCAGCAAAUUAAAGCUGGUAAGCAGGAGCCUGAGCUGAGCGCUGCUGAGAAGUCUGUUGACAUUUUCUUUUUCUUGACAGGGCUUCAGGUCUUGCUGUAGGGAGCCAGCAUGGGAAAUCAGUAAUAACUUGUCAAGGAGAAAUGGUGAAUAACCAAUAAAAGUAUCAGAGUCAAACUAAGCUGCUAAUGUAUCUAAAAAUGUGUGUGGAGUUAACAUGAACUGUAUGAGCUGUAAAUUAAGAUAACAGCCAAGCCUCGCUAAUCUGCACUUUGCUAGACCACACACUUCUUACUGCAUGCCAGAAAUGUGCAGUCUCUUCUCCUGCCUCAGACAGCAGCUAAUAGCAGAUGCUGCAGGGAAGUCUCUUGCUACCAAGAUUACAUUGUUUUUGCAGCAUGUCCAUGAGUGUGUUUACUGGGAGACAGUCAGUGCUCAUAAAUAAGGCAGAGAAAGCUCAGGUGCACUGGAAUAAGUGAAAUGCAGGGACUGUGAUGUGGUUGGUGGCCUCACUGGGUGCAAUUUAGCACUCUAUGGAUAACCUCAAGAGCUUGAGUUUUGCACUGUACUUGUCCUACAGGCUUAUUUUUGCCCUUUUGGGCUAAGUCACCAAAUCUACUGUUUUGCAUUGCAUCCAGUCAUCAGUGCAGACUAGUGAUGCCCUAUUUACCUUAUAAAUAAUGUCUUGAUUUCAUUUGUAAAUAUUGAGGACUGUAUUAUUUAUUAUGCCUCACAACUCAAGUUUGAAGCAGAGCAUCCUGACACUGUGUCCCAUGAUGUCCUUGCAGGCGAGAUCAGGAAGUCUGGGUUAUAAGAGUGCAUGGUGAGAUGGAUCAUGAGCUGGGUGAACAACACAGCUCAGAGGGCUGUGUUCACCAGUGCAGAGCCCACUUGGAGACCUGUAACUAGUGGUGUUUCCCAGGGGUCAGUACUGGGUCUAGUCUUAUUCAACAACAUCACUGAAUUGGAUAAGGAGAUGGAGGAAGAGCUGCACCCUCAGCAAGUUUGCUGAUGAUGCCAAACUGGGCAGAGUGGCUGACACACCAGAAGACUGUGUGGCCAUCCAAAGAGACCUAGAUGGAUUGGGGAGCUAGGCAAAGGGGCAUCUAAUGAGAUUCAAUGAGGAUAAGUGUAAAGUCCAUUAUCUGGACAGGAACAACACCAUGCACCAGUACAGAUUAGGGGUUUGCCUGCUGGAAAGCAGCUCCAUGGAGAAGGACCGUGGAGUCCUGGUGGAAUGCAAGUUACCCUGAGGACAGUAAUGUGCCCUUGUGGCCAAACAGGCCAAUGGUUAGGCAGAGGUGUAUUAAGCAGAGUGUGGCUAGCAGGUCUACUCUGCCCUGAUGAGACCACAUCUGGAGUAUUGUGUCCAGAUCAAGAGAGACAAGGAUCGACUAAGUAGUGUCCAAUGAAUGGCUACAAGGGUGAUUCAGGGACUGGAACCUUAUGAUGAAAGGCUGAGACACCUGGGACUGUUUAAUCUGGAAAAGAGAAGACUGAGAGAAGAACUUAUUAAUGUUUAUAAAUAUCUGAAGGAGGGUUGUCAAGAAGAAGGUGCUGGUCUCUGUAGUGGUGUCCUGUGAUAAUGAAUACAAACUGGAAGACAGAGUUCCAUCUCAACAUGAAGAAAAACUUAUUUGCUGUAAAGACGAUGGAGCAUUGAAACAGGCUGCCCAGAGAAGCUGUAGAGUCAUCUUCUCUAGAAACUUUCAUGACCUGUCUGGAAUUGUUCCUGUGUGACCUGCCCUUGGUGAUCCUGCCAUGGUGGAAGGGGUGGGCUCAAUCUUCAGAGGUCCGUCUGAACACCUAGCAUCCUAUGAUUCUGUGAUCUCGGCAGUAGUUUGCUUCUGAAGCGUGGCACAGAUGAAGCAAGUUCCUCAGUCUCCAGAUAGUUGGACUCCUUCUGUCACGUCAGGAAGCAUCCUUGUACUCAUCUCUUCUGGAGUUUGUCUAUGCUGCAGCUUCACAUCUCCUUGAGGAUGCUUUUUCCUACCCUAUGCCAGCAGGGUCCCCUGGGCAUAAACCUGAGGCUGUCCUGCAGGCAGGCUAUUUUGGAGCUGAAGAGUCUCUCAGGAAUGGGCAGAGUUUUUAGUUAAAAUCCAAGUGUAAUCCCUAGCCCCGAGUCACAGUUGUCACUGCAGAUAGCGUAAAGAGGUACACAGGAGAUGAAGACUCAACAGGUUAUGCAUCUGAUGCCUGGACAUGUAUGUGGCCUGUUCCCAUCCCACCAUUGGUCCUGUGUGAGCAACUGCAUCACUUGGCAAGUGAGUAAACAGGUAAAGACACUUCUCUUUAGCCGUUGCUUACUUUCCAUAUCGCUUUUCUUUGGAAGUCCUCUGGGCAGUAGGUCUGUCUGAGAUCCCACACUGAAGGGUGGCACCAUAUGGGCUGAGAGACACAGCCCUGAGGAGUGGCCUGUAGGAGCUGCCUGUUAGAGUUAUCUUUGUACCAUAGUUGGUGGCUCAUUUGACUCUGCCAGCGGCAGCAGGCAUAAAGCAGGCUGCUCUGGGAGCACAACCUCUGCUUCACAUACAUGUCCUGUACCUAGCAGCAAGAUUAAUGCAGACUUUGAGCCUUGUUGGCAAAUGAAGAGCAAAGAGUGUCCUGUGCUGUGCAGACAAGAAGGUAAUUCCCAAUGGUGAUCACUUCUUGGUGAUUUGCAGCAAGUCCAGGCAGCGUGAUGGGAUAUAUCCGACUGGGAAUGUGUUCUUAGAUGGGCUAUUUAGAGUGGUGAUGUGACAGGGAAACAAAAUAGCUUGGCCAAGACUAUUACUGCUGCUAGAGACAAGGAAGGAGAUUCCUCAGGCUUUGCAGAAGAGAUAUGAUAAAGCUUGUGUCUCUGGUUCCUUCCUGCAGCUCUAGUAGGAGAGGAAGAAAAUUGUGUUGUGAGCUUGUGAAGCUCUGUUAUCUCCUGAGGGUGAGUUUUCUCUGGUGCCAGGCUGAGUUCUGGGCUUGGAGAAGGGGAAUGCAUCUCUCCCAGGAGCCUCCAUACUUAGCACACUCUGGCUCUAGCAGUUGUUUUUUUCCCAAUUAGGCUAAAUUGCUAAAUUCUUUACUAGCUGUUGUUGGCCUGGUGAACCCGCGGGAGCUGUUCACUGACAUUGUUUCAGUCCUGACAGGAAGUGUCUGUAGUGGUGAGCUAACAGGAAUUCUCCUGGGUGUUGUUUGUAGGCAGGUUCUUGUCUCUGAGGAUGGUGGGAAGGACUUUUUUUAUCUGGUAACCUGGGUCUUUUUGUGCUGGUGUGAAGCUGAGAGGUCAUUUCACAGGGAUUCGUGGCUUAUUUGUGAUAUGGGCAGAAGGUAAAAAGUAGCUGAGUGCUGGUGUUUCUUCAGAACCUUCCCUUAUCUAUGAAGAAGGUGAGACAAAUGUUCCUGAAAUCUGCAGUGAGGGCAUCAUUCUCUUUCAGCAUCUCUGUAGCUACAAAAGAGAAAUAGAAGUGGGCAAAUGACAAAUUCUGUGUGGGCAAGUCCAGCUCUGGGCAGUCACAUAGAAGUCUAAUGAUGAAGAAAAGACUUAACACGUUACCAAACUGUCACCGCGCAGAGCCGGGAGGUCAGCACCCUUGUAAUUAUGGAGUGAUGAAGCCAAGGGGAAGAGCCAACGUUAACAGAAAGAAGUGAUUGUUCCAAAUUCUGACCACCUUACUGGGUGGCUUCCCUGCGAAGAUGCUCCAGAUGUCGUACUGGCAUAAACAAAUCCAUGUCAGGGCACCCGCAGGGCUUGCUAGCAAACAUGGAAUUCAGCAGGCUGUGGGCAUGCUCUGCUUCACCUUCCUGGUCGAGGUUUUGAUUCAGGAAGGGGAUGCAGGCACUUGCUGCUCUUUCCAUUAAGAGCUCUUAGACUUGAAAGUUGCUCCAAGUUGUUUCUCAACUCUUUGUAUUUUUUCUCUUCUCUCUCUCUCUCUCUCUCUUUUUUUUAAAAGAAAACUUAAAAAAAUAAAAACCCAAACCCACAGGCUCCAGAUGAUAUAAAGCAAUGAGGCAGCUAAGCCCUCUGGGGCACUGUGUGCAUGUGUGUGUUGGAAGAGUUGUCUGACUUGAAAAUCUCCCCUGUCCCUCCUCCUGCCCCCAAAGUGCAGCCCAUUGUGCUGAGAGGUCAGCUACGCAGUGGCUUGAGUGACAGGGUCUUUAACAGCAUCUUUUUCAUCAGCCAGCCAAGUCAUGUGCUCGCUUGUCUGUCAUAUCUGUACUCGAAUUGCUUAAAUAUUGUUUCAGAUGGGGAGGUUUUAAUCUGGAUAUGCAGAGAGGAGCAGUGCUGUGGGGGGAUGUUUAAUUGGCUCCCAGCAGAGCAGCAGUGGUGUGUGGGUUUUUUUUCCUCUAGAAGUGUUACCAUUUUCACAUCCUAUUAACGUCCUCUGGUAGUUUAAAUACAGCAUCGCAUUACAGUGGAGUUUGUUUCCCUCCCAGACUGAAUACAAAUGAAGGUCAUUUACUUGUAUUUUUAGAAGGUUUGGAAAACUUAGAAAAUUUGUAGCUUUGAACAGCAUUGUUGACUGUUGUAUGUCUGCACAAAAAUAUUUCCAAUAAACCUUUUAUUAAAGCAA